CAAACACAAAAGCGGAGCCAAGCAGCAGCUGCGGACUGGUUCCCUGUCUGGAGUGGAUGAGCCUCUCCAUGAGAGAUCCGGUUAUCCCUGGGACAAGCAUGGCCUAUCAUCCGUUCCUACCUCACCGGGCGCCGGACUUCGCCAUGAGCGCGGUGCUGGGCCACCAGCCGCCUUUCUUCCCCGCGCUAACGCUGCCGCCCAACGGCGCCGCCGCGCUCUCUCUGCCGGGAGCCCUGGCCAAGCCCAUCAUGGAUCAGUUGGUGGGGGCCGCGGAGACCGGCAUUCCUUUCUCAUCCCUGGGACCCCAGGCACAUCUGAGGCCUCUGAAGACCAUGGAACCCGAAGAGGACGUGGAAGACGAUCCCAAAGUGCACCUGGAGGCCAAGGAACUUUGGGACCAGUUUCACAAGCGGGGUACAGAGAUGGUCAUUACGAAGUCGGGAAGGAGAAUGUUCCCUCCAUUUAAAGUGAGGUGCUCUGGGCUGGAUAAAAAAGCCAAGUAUAUUUUACUGAUGGACAUUAUAGCUGCUGAUGACUGUCGAUAUAAAUUUCACAAUUCUCGGUGGAUGGUGGCCGGUAAGGCAGACCCCGAAAUGCCAAAGAGAAUGUACAUACACCCGGACAGCCCCGCCACGGGGGAGCAGUGGAUGUCCAAAGUCGUCACUUUCCACAAACUGAAACUCACCAACAACAUAUCGGAUAAACAUGGAUUUACUUUGGCCUUCCCAAGCGAUCACGCAGCGUGGCAGGGGAAUUAUAGUUUUGGGACCCAGACCAUACUCAACUCUAUGCAUAAGUACCAGCCCCGGUUCCACAUUGUCAGAGCCAAUGAUAUUUUGAAACUGCCUUAUAGUACAUUUCGCACAUACCUGUUCCCGGAAACGGAAUUCAUUGCCGUGACUGCCUACCAAAAUGACAAGAUAACUCAGUUAAAAAUAGACAACAAUCCUUUUGCAAAGGGUUUUCGGGACACUGGGAAUGGCAGGAGAGAAAAAAGAAAGCAGCUCACCCUGCAGUCCAUGAGGGUGUUUGAUGAGAGGCACAAGAAGGAGGCAGGGACCUCAGACGAGUCCUCCAGUGAGCAGGCAGCCUUCAACUGCUUCGCCCAGGCCUCCUCUCCAGCUGUGUCCACUGUGGGGACAUCCAACCUCAAAGAUUUGUGUCCCAGCGAAGCUGAAAGUGACGCCGAGGCCGAAAGCAAGGAGGAGCAGGGCCCCGAGGCCUGCGACGCGGCUAAGAUUUCCACCACCACCGCCGAGGAGCCAGGCCGAGACAAGGGCAGCCCGGCCACCAGGGCGCAGCUGUUCCCCGCGGAACCCGGUCGAGCCCGAGACACUGCGCGCCUGGACAAGGCAUCGCCAGAUUCGCGCCACAGCCCGGCCACCAUCUCAUCCAGCACUCGCGUCCCGGGAGCCGACGAGCGCAGGAGCCCCGGACGCGAGGGUCCCGGCGCCGUCAAGGUGGAUGAGGUGCGCCCGCUGCCCACCAAGGACGCCUUCGCGCCACUGUCGGUGCAGACGGACGCCGCCGCGCACUUGGCGCAGGGGCCCCUUCCCGGCUUGGGCUUCGCCCCAGGCCUAGCUGGCCAGCAGUUCUUCAACGGGCAUCCUCUCUUCUUGCACCCGGGCCAGUUCGCCAUGGGCGGCGCCUUCUCCAGCAUGGCUGCGGGCAUGGGGCCCCUGCUGGCCACAGUCUCCGGGGCAUCCACCGGCGUCUCCGGCCUAGAUUCCACAGCCAUGGCCUCUGCUGCCGCAGCGCAGGGACUGUCCGGGGCCUCGGCUGCCACCCUGCCCUUCCACCUUCAACAACAUGUUCUGGCCUCCCAGGGCUUGGCUAUGUCGCCUUUUGGGAGCCUGUUCCCUUACCCCUACACGUACAUGGCUGCAGCAGCUGCGGCCUCCUCAGCGGCCGCCUCCAGCUCCGUGCACCGACACCCGUUCCUCAACUUGAACAGCAUGCGUCCCCGGCUGCGUUACAGUCCAUAUUCCAUCCCAGUUCCAGUGCCUGACAGCAGCAGCCUGCUGGCCACUGCGUUACCAUCCAUGGCUUCAGCCGCGGGGCCCCUAGACGGCAAGGCAGCCGCCCUGGCUGCUAGCCCGGCCUCCGUGGCCGUGGACUCGGGGUCGGAACUCAACAGCCGCUCCUCCACGCUCUCCUCCAGCUCAGUGUCCUUGUCGCCUAAACUCUGCUCAGAGAAGGAGGCGGCUACCAGUGAACUGCAGAGCAUCCAGCGGCUGGUCAGUGGUUUGGAAGCCAAGCCGGACAGGUCCUGCAGCGGGUCCCCUUAAAAACAAAUACAAAACAAAACAAAACCUCUCCCCCAAAGGUCUCUCCAUUCCAGUUCGGUCAAAUCUGCCAGUGCACUUUGUUGGAUGUAAAAUAAACCACAGGCUUUCCACGUGUGGGUGAUCCCCACCCUUUCAGUUUUGUCUGGGAAGGAGCACCACGCUCUCUCCAGAGAAUGCGCUAGAGACCACAGGCCUCCUUCUUGGGCCGUGGAAACAGGCUGCUGUUGCAUUGAGACGCGGGGGGGUGGAGGGGUGGGGGGCAAACUGGCUUUUGUUUCUACAGCGACUUCUGUGGAGGCUGGAGUGGAAAUUGGGGCUGAAGAGCAGGGUAGCCAGGCCGCCGGCCACAAGAGUGGGUGUUUGAGAGGCUACACCCGAAUCUCUUCCCCCCCCCCCCACUUCGCGUGUCAAGUGGAAACAAAAAUAAUUAUUUUCCCUAAACAAACUAACAAACCAACCCCAUACUGGGACAGGCGAAGUCCCGUGGAACUAUGAAGACUGAAAACUCAAUUGCUGAGUACCUUUGCUGGGGAAGAAGACCUUGACCUUGCCUGGUCUAUAUUAAAGGAAUCCUGUGUCUUUCUAAUAUCGUGAAGUU